AUGAAGUUCUUAUUCCAGUGUCCGUGCUGCUCUUGUUUCUGCUUCAUGAAGCCCAAGAAGGGCCAGGCAAAAGUGAAGGAAGCAAAGGAAGAGAAGAAGAAGGAAGCCAAGGAAGAGAAGAAAGAAGAGAGAAGGAAGGAGCCGAGGGACAAAGCUCGAAGAAAAGAAAGGGUAUAGGAGAAAAGAGGGGAU